CAAAGACUAGACAAGUCUACGCAGGAAUCGGUGUUAUUCCUCCACUAUGCCUGCCCUUAAGGCUUCGAAGAAACGCAAGGCAGUCACUCGCGAUGUCGAGGAGGAACCGGGUGUCUUUUCAGGCGAUGAGUUGAACGCUGAUGGCCUGGAUGGUGCACUUUCGGAUGAUGCCAAUGACCUGUCGAGCGAUGAAGAUGCGAGUGAUUCGGAGGUUGAACUGGUGGAUGAUUUCAGUGACGAGGAGGACGAUGAGGAGGAGCUGGACAGUGAUGAGAUCCCGUCAGAGGGAGAAGAGCCUGCCAAGGUAAAAUCCAGCAAGGCAUUGGGGAAUGCGCCAGCGGAGGACAAUGAGAGCUCCGACGAAGAACAACCGAACUUUCGCAUCGAAAAGGACGCCAAUGGAAAUGACCGCUUCCUGUAUGACGAGAUCAAUCCCGAUGACAACUCCGAAUACUCCGAUGCCGACGAGAAUGCCAACACCAUCGGUGAUAUUCCCCUGUCGUUUUACGACCAGUACCCGCAUAUCGGUUACGAUAUCAACGGAAAGAAGAUUCUGCGCCCCGCCAAGGGAGAAGCUCUCGAUGCACUACUCGACAGCAUUGAGAUUCCCAAGGGCUGGACUGGUCUGACGGAUCCUUCGACCGGCAAACCCUUGGAAUUGAGCCAGGAUGAGCUGGAGCUAUUGCGUAAGGUCCAGAUGAACGAAAUUCCGGAUGACGAAUUCAAUCCCUACGAACCAACCGUGGAAUGGUUUACCAGCAAGCAGGAGAUCAUGCCUCUGAGUGCUGCACCGGAGCCGAAGCGUCGAUUCGUGCCGUCCAAACACGAAGCUAAGCGGGUCAUGAAAAUUGUGAAGGCGAUCAGAGAAGGACGCAUUCUGCCCUUCAAGCCUCCGACCGAAGAAGAUGAGGCCGAUCAAGAUAUCAUCAACUAUGAUCUGUGGGCGGAUGAAGCAGAACGUCCGGAUCACCCCAUGAAUGUUCCUGCUCCCAAACUUCCGCCACCGGGAUAUGAGGAGAGUUACCACCCCCCUGCCGAAUACCUGCCCGACAAGAAAGAACGAAAAGCCUGGGAAGAGGCAGAUCCGGAGGACAGGGAGCACGAAUUCCUUCCCAACGAUUUCGGCUCUCUUCGGAAGGUUCCUGGAUACGAGUCUUUCGUCAAAGAAAAAUUCGAGCGCUGCUUGGAUCUCUACCUGGCUCCUAGAGUUCGGAGGAGCAAAUUGAACAUCGACCCUGAAAGCCUUCUCCCUAAACUUCCCAGCCCUGAAGAACUGAAGCCAUUCCCCACCGCUUGCGCCACAGUCUUCCGGGGUCAUAAGGGCCGUGUUCGAUCUCUGGCUGUCGACCCCACCGGAGUGUGGCUUGCUACCGGUGGUGAUGAUGGAACUGUCCGGGUCUGGGAGCUUCUUACCGGUCGUCAACUGUGGAAUGUUAAGAUUGGUGACGAGGAACCUGUCAAUGUGGUACGCUGGCGACCUGGAAAGGACGCCGUGGUGCUUGCAGCCGCCGCGGGUGACGAUAUCUUCCUUGCUGUGCCUCCAAUCGUCGACCCCGAAAUCGAACAAGCCAGUCUGGAUAUCCUGGAUGCCGGAUGGGGCUUUGCGGCAUCGAGGCCUCCCCCGAACGUCGCCGACGAAAACAAGAAAAACACCCCUCCGCAAUGGAUCCGUCCAUCAUCGUCCCUUGCAGACUCCGGUAUUUGUGCGGUCAUUCCUCUUCGCCAUGUGGUCAAGUCUAUCUCCUGGCAUCGCCGCGGUGACUACUUCGUCACGGUCUGCCCUGGUUCUUCUACUCCGGCUUCCGUGGCGAUUUCCAUUCACACUCUAUCCAAGCAUCUGACUCAGUUCCCCUUCCGCCGACGCAUCAAGGGCGGUGGUCCUCCCCAGACGGCUCACUUCCAUCCCUCGAAGCCGAUCCUCUUUGUUGCCAACCAGCGGACCAUUCGCGCAUACGACCUCUCACGACAGCUCCUUGUCAAGAUUAUCCAGCCCGGUGCUCGCUGGAUUUCAUCCUUCGACAUUCAUCCGACUUCUUCCACCGCCUCUGGUGGCGACAACCUCAUCGUUGGGUCGUACGAUCGACGCCUUCUGUGGCAUGAUCUCGAGCUGUCGCAGCGUCCGUACAAGACUCUGCGGUACCACCGCAAGGCCAUUCGUUCCGUGCGAUUCCACCCGGGUGGCCGUUAUCCUCUUUUCGCCGAUGCCAGUGACGAUGGCUCCCUUCAGAUCUUCCACGGGAGCGUCACGGGUGACAUGCUCAGCAAUGCCAGUAUUGUACCCCUCAAGGUGCUGAAGGGUCACAAGAUCACCGGAGAACUGGGUGUGUUGGAUAUCGAUUGGCAUCCCCGAGAAGCCUGGUGUGUCAGUGCCGGUGCAGAUGGAACUUGCCGUUUGUGGAUGUAAUUACAAAAUCUUCUUGUUGUCAUCGUCUUUUGCCAUAUCUACAUGAGGCGUUUUGUGUGCAUAAUGUUACUGUUUAGAUAUCCAUUAUAAAAGUUCUCACCCU